AUGCCUCCUCCGCCGUCAUCAUCAUCGACCCCGCCAGCGGCCAGCGGCUUCGUCACCCUCGCCCGCAAAAUCUACAACCCGCUCGGCUUCAAGAGGGGCUACAACUUCACCCUCUUCGUCAUCACCGCCGGCGCCAUGAUGGGCUUCACCCUCGCCCGCCUCAUGUACUUCGACCUCGACGGCGCCUUCUGCGACCCGGCCCGCAAGAACCGCGCCCUGCCCGGCGAGUGCUACUACUACCAGCCCGGCAGCGCCGACCGCGUCGGCAUCCUCCUGCACCUCGCCGGCGUCCUGCCGGGCGGCUUCCUCGCCUGUUUCCAGUUCGUCCCCGCCGUACGCCACAGGGCCAUCCUGUUCCACCGCCUUAACGGGUACCUCGUCCUCCUCCUCAGCGUCGUCGGCAUGGUCGGCGUCUUCAUGAUCGCGAGGCGCACGUUCGGCGGCGGCGUGAGCACGCAGACGGCCGUGGGCUCGGGGAGUAUCAUGUUUCUCGGGGCGCUGGGCUUGGCUGUGUAUAACGUCAAGAAGCUGCAGAUCGAACAGCACCGCGCAUGGAUGCUCAGGGCCUGGGUAUACGCCGGCUUCAUCAUCACGAUGCGCAUCAUCAGCUUCCUGGCCGCCAGGGUCAUCGCCAGCACCGACCCCACCUACUACGAAGUCAAGCAGUGCGCCGUCCUCGACUUCAUCUUCCGCCACAACCAGACGAAGAUCAUGAGCCUGUAUCCGGACUGCGGCGCCUACUUCUCGGGCGCGAACCCCGGCCUGAACGUCCUCGUCCACGCCGGCGUGGACGCCCGCCAACCCGCCGAGAUCGCGGCCGGCUUCACCGCCGUCUUCGGCGCCGGCUCGUGGCUGGCCCUCGCCAUCCACGCCAUCCUCGUCGAGCUCUACCUCCACCUCACACCGGCCGAAGCAGAACGGCUGCGCCGCAUCUCGUACCAGCGCCAGCUCGAGGCCGGCAUGAAGAACGCCGGCAAUGCCGGCCUGACCGUGCAGCGCCUGGGCGACGCGGAGCCCUGGCUGCCGCCGUGCGAGCUGCAGAGGAUGGAGAAUACCAUGACGCCUAGCACCGACGGCGGCGGCGAUCUGAGGGAAAAACGCGUGAGCUCUCCGUGA